AUGUUCUGCUAUCCACAAUCCAACAAAGUUCUUGAUUUCUAUGAAGGAGCUACGAUCCUCAUAGUGGGUGGAACGGGGUUUGUGGGAAAAGCUUUGUUGGAGAAGGUUCUUAGAUGUUUGAAAGUAAAGAAAGUGUAUUUAUUAAUUCGGAGCAAAGAUGGACACUGCGCUAAAGACCGUUUGGGGAAACUAAUGGAAGAUCAGCUUUUUGAUCAAGUGCGGGACCAAGUGAAUAAAGUGGAAGCUGUGCAGGUUGAUUUUGAUGUGGAGUGUUUCGGAUUGGAUAAUGUUAUUGCUGAAACGGUGCAACGGGAAGUGGAAGUGGUGUUCUAUUGCUUGGCUGAUGUCAAGUUCAAUCGACCCUUAAAGGAAGCGUUCCAGACAAAUGUUCAGAUCGGAAAGUAUUUGCUGAGGUGGUGUAGGGGCUUCCCGAACUUGAAAUCGAUCGUUUAUACGUCCACGUUUUACAGUGAAUGUACUAAGAAUUUUGUGGAAGAGAAGGUCUCGGAAGAUGUCCCCUUUGGGGAUUAUAAACUGUGCAUGAAAAUGUUGACGACCUUAUCUAGUGAUGAAUGUGAGAAAAUCAAGGUUGAUUUGCUAGGGGAUUAUCCUAAUACAUAUACAUUUACGAAGAAGCUUGCUGAAAUCAUGAUCCAGAAGGAGUUCGUCAAAGAUUUACCCAUCGGAGUUUACCGACCCUCUGCUGUAUCUCCAUCGUACCAGGAGCCGCAGCCAGGCUGGACGGAUAACUUUUAUGGGAUUGCUGCAAUCAUACGAGCGAGUAUAGACGGAAUUAAUCAGGUGGUCUUAAGUGAUUUGAACCAAGCUGGAAACUAUGUCCCAUUGGAUUACUGCGUGAAUGCAAUACUAGUUGGUGGUUUCGACAUCUCACAACGAAAGUCCAGUUGUUGUAAAAGUGAACCGACUGUAACUGUUUACAAUCACGUUAGCAAAGUAAAUAAAUGCUCAUAUGGAGAUGUUAUUCGCUACAGUGCUGAAAGUAGACCCCGUUUCUGGGAACGAUUAGCUUGGUAAUAUUUAAUAGUUCCUUAAAAAAAUAUUUGCACAGCGUCUAAUAGAAAUCCAAUUUUAAUAGGAAAUACCUAUUCGUGUCAACCAUUAACACGUGGCUCUAUUAUUACCUACUUCA